GUCCACCGUUUCACCUCGUACGAGUUGUGUAGCAUAUUUGAGUCGGGGUUUUGAAUUCCGACUUUACGUAGUUAGUGAGUUGCCUUGUUCCGUACUGUGCUCGUACUCGUCAUAAAGGAUCACGAUCUAUGGAAACGGUGGAAGUAAGCCGGUCUAAGUGUGAAUCGUAGUGUACAAUUGUAACCCUCUUGGUAGGCUCUAUUUUGGAUUGCAACCGAUAAUACUCGUUUCCAUUACGUACGGUUGUGUACUAUCUCUUUCAAUCUGGAAACCAAAAAAUGUUGAUCUUGUUUACCAACAAUCUGGAAUGGGCAACACUAGGGUAGCACACUUGUGGCUGAUUGUUUGUCUGGGGUGGCUUCCAGCUUUCCACUGCACAACCACUUCGAGCACGCUUCUCGCAGCGCUAACUGAUACCUUUACUGAAUGUGGCGGAACAACUUGCAAUCCAGAAACUGAAGUGUGCAGGGAAGAGAGUUACUGCGAGUGUAAACCACACUUUGAAAAUGUAGGAUCAUUCGAAUGUUUGCCUUGUCCGGGCGAAGGACAGCACUGUCGGGGCUGCUGUAUCAGCGAUGCACUUACCUGUUAUCGUGCCGUUUGCCAGAGAUGUUCAUUGGAUAGUAAUGGAAAUUGCAUCAGCCAGGAAUCUUUGUUUUUCUUGACCGCUGCUCAAGUAGCGCUAGCCACCGCUAUGGUACUUGGUGUGAUUUCCCUAAGUUUUCUGCUGUACAAAACCCUUCGUAAUCGUUUAAGGCGCAAUAAUCAAGUACUUGAGAGCGAAUUCCGCCAAUCAGUAGUCAGUCGUGUAUCGUUAUCAUCGAUACAACAGCGCGUCAUCAGGCGCUUACGAGAUCGUCCGCCGAAAUACGAAACGAGGCACAAUUAUGAGUACCAGCAGAGACAAACCGAACGGCAGACAAGUCAGCAAAGCACAUCGACCGAUAAUAUUGAGCAACGCAAUGCUACACCAAUCGAUGGCCCGCCUCCCGCAUACGAUGGUGAUACGGUUUCGUUAGCCGAAAAUCCACCACCUUACACGCAAGAGCAAUCCGAUGUGCCCGUCGUAAGUGGCAUUGCCGUCAUCGAUAUUCCUUCGACUAACACAACUGAGCAUUCACGAUCUACCGAUGGGACGAAUGAUCGCAGCUCGGGUAGCGUUCAGGGCAUAACGAACCAUGGAUUCGAGCCAGACAAAGUUGUCACAUCGCCGCCACAAAUCAUAAAUCAGUCUCCAAGCAGCGAAGAAACUGAUGAACGUUCCAAGGAUGGGUGUUAUGAUAUUCCCCUAGUCAGUAGCAAUGAUAAGACGGUCUACAUGUAAGAAAUACCCCUAACCGAGCCGAUUUACUAACUCCGUUGGGGCUUUUUUACAGAAACGUUGUAAAGUAUUAUGAUGCUAGUUACUUUUGAUUUUAUAAAAGGAAUUACUUCCAUCGAGGAUUCAA